GUGAAUUUGUGGUGUCGACGUUGUUAAAUACGGAUUGUUAUGAGCAAGAUGUUAGAGAUACAAAACGUAAGUUUUGUAUAUUUGCUUUAUAGGAAACGUGCAGUCAGUCCACUAUGGGAAACGAUUAAUGCUGUCAUAUAUUCUAAUUCAACAAAAUGUAAAUCUGACAGCGCAGCCUGGUAAAUUAAGUAUACAUAAUGCAAUAUUCCGGAUAGGACUAGUAGGAUAUUGCUUUAUUGUGAUAAUUUCCCUGGCAACAUCGUCAUGAGCCACCACAGUUCACUUAAAAUCAAAAUAAUAAAAUAAAUUGAAUUGAUCUGAUACAAUUACUCAUGAUUAGGCUUCUGCGUAAAAAUACUCAAGCUGUCUAGACUGCUAGAUAAUUGCAUUUCCUGGGGAAUCACACAAAGAACAGUGCUUUUGCAUUUCUGAAGUUCAUGGUAGUCUGGAUUCUGGUUCUUUUGGUCGACUUCAUUUUAGAGUUUCGAUUUGAGUAUCUGUGGCCUUGCUGGCUUUUCUUUGGGAGUGUUUACACCUUUUUCCACUGUCAUGGCCUGGUGGUGUGUGUGGUUUUCGUAUGUGCAGCAUUCACCUUGGAUGUAUUUUGUUUAAUCUUUGUACCUCUGCACUGGCUUUUCUUUGCUGCCAGCACAUAUAUAUGGUUUGAUUACAUAUGGCAUACAGAGAGAGGAUUGUGUUUGUCUACAGUGUCGCUAUGGAUACUGCUGGUUUAUAUUGAAGCAGCUCUCAGGUUUAAGGAUCUGAAAAAUUCCCAUGUGAAUGUGUCUCAUCUAUUUGCAGCACACUGCAUUGGGUACCCAGUAGUCUACUUGGGUUUUGAUGCAACCUGUUACUUCACCAGCAUUGUUAAACUGAGGAUACAGAAAGCUGUGCAAAAAGAAAACAACUUCUACAUGCAGUUACUGCAACAAGCUCUACCUCCAGGCCUGCAACUUUACCCAAGAUAUGAGACAGACUGUAAGGAACCAUCUAAGUGGAUGGCAAAAUCAGAUUGCACACAAUACCAGUGUCAGAAUGGGGCUGUUGUUACAGAUGUCAAGUACCUGUUAGACUAUUCCCAAAUUGAUUGCAAAGACACAAAUAAUGACAUGGAGGAUACAAAGCCAAAUGACAAUAGUUUCCAGCCUUCAACUUUUAAAGCAAAUGAGAGUGACAACAAGGAGAACUGCCUGAACAGAAGUCAAACUUGUGAGACAUCUGGAAGUUCUGAAUGUCUACCUCAAGAAGAACAAGGGGCUAAAGUUCAAAGGACUGCUAAAAAUACAUCGCCCAAAGUGCGUAAAAUGCUUAACCGUAUCCUAGUGCCUAUUGUUAAAGGGGAGAAAAAACAGAAAUGCUCGACCAAAAAUAUCAGUCCUAAUUGGGAGAUGAGUGAACAGAGCCUUUCAGCAAAUCAAAACACUCCCUCUGAACAGAUAAGGAAGCUGGAGCAGGAAGUUAAGAAGUUAAAGUCAGAUCUCCUGACCAAUAAACAGAGUGAACAAGAGCUUCGCAGUCAUUUCUGUAACCUCACAAACAGUGAACGAAGUCUUCGACCAGAAAUAUCACUGCUUCGACAAGCAAAUGACCUGCUACAGAACAAAAUUGCUUUUGUCAUUAAGACCAAGCAGAGAGACAAACAGGCAACAGUACUGUUAGAAAAGAAGAUCAGCGCAGAAAUGGAGGCUCGAGCGAUUAUUGAGAAACAGCUGUCUGAUUUAAGAACAAGAAAAACAGAUGAAACGUCUGCAGUAACUCAGGGUGCUCUACUUUUCACAACUCGGCAGGAACACACAGAAUCCCUAAAGAAAAAAGCUAAGGAGCUGGAGACAGACUGGAACCAACUUCAGAAGGAAUUUCAAGCAAAAGAAAGUCAAAUAAUAAACCUUGAAAAUGAAGUGGAGGUACUUUGCAGAUAUAAAGGCAUUGAACAAGAUAGUGAGAUGUUGCUGUCAGCACUUUCAGCCAUGCAGGAUAAGACCCAUCACCUAGAAUACAACCUUAGUGCUGAAACAAGGAUCAAGCUGGACCUGUUCUCUGCUCUUGGAGAUGCACGGCGACAGCUGGAGAUAGCCCAAGGAAAACUAAUGAAACAGGACAAAGAGAUUGGAGGAAUGAAACAGAAGAUUGCUGAAGUAAUGGCUGUCAUGCCAGACAUUACAUAUGGUGUUCAGCACCCAGUUACACCUCAGUAUUUAACUAAGUUUGUCAAUUCUGAACAUUAUGUGCUUGAUCCCAGUGCAUUAAUGUACCAGUGUCUUAAAAAAUAAACAUUCCAGCUUGUCCAUACUGUGCUGAAACCAGGCUUCGAAUGUGUUGCCAGGCCACCGUAUGCAGCCCAGGGUCUAUGUGAACUAAAACAAAUGUUUUUGUAGAAUUCAGUCUGGGAGAGAAAAGAGAGAACCCUGCCGUGUGAUGAAAAGGGUAUGAUUGCUGUAGUCAGAAGUUGUAACAAAUUGACAUUUGCUGGGGAUGCUUGUGGCGAUGUAGUUGAGGCACUCGUAAGUACAUCCGUGCAUUUAAAGGAGCAGCAACUAAUGUAAAUGUAGGUUCUGGUCCAUCCGUGGUCCAUAAACAACUGAUUAAUCUUGAUCAAUGUCCAUGUACUGUAGCUCGCAGAGAUGCAUGUUUGUAAUGUGUUACUUUCAGACGUUGUCCGAUUUGUAAAAUGGUUAUUUUAUUUUGUAGUUUCUUUCCAUUUUCACUUGUGAUGCUAUUGGUGAUUACGUAUUAUAAGGUUUAGAAUAGCACAAAAUGAAUUCCCAGCAGGGAACUUACGGCACUGAAUUCUUCAUAUUCCGUUAACAUUUGUCAAAACCAAGAAGUGGUUUGAACUUGGGACACUGAGUACACUGAAUGAUUGUUGGUCAUUUUCAGAAAGACAGGACUCCCUGUAAAUUAUUUGCCUGCUAUCUAGGCGGUAGAAGAAGAACUGCACUCAUCAGUAAACUGGAUCCUUUGCUGACAAGGUGUCCAUGGCUUGUGUUUUUGGGCUUAGAGCAUACAUCUUGAGUUCCAGGUGGAGUAUAUGUAUACGCCUCAAUUGCUGAUGCACAGUAUUGACAACCAGAUGUUUUUUAGGCUGUCUGAUCUUAACCGAUUGUGGAUCCUGAGCUGGACUAUCAUUCUAGGAUGGUCUGCUCAAGAUAAGCCAUUUACAGGUCUGAGCUGUGCUUCUCAUUGUAUGUGCUAUACAACUGUGGAUUGACUGCAGUUGGAAGAGAACUAAUGCCAUCUCUUCACAUUCAAUCAUGAGAGCAGUACUUUUGCUGGUCUGUAAAACUUUAUUGAUACAAUGCAACCCAUGCAAAGGUAUGUUUGCUUGGGUUAAAUUAAUAAUUUAUAUUUUCCCGUUUAUUAUUGAAAAAAGUUUUCUGAGCAAGAAGUAAAGCUGAUUUGUUUUGAUCGACUGGCAUUUUUGGAGAGUUGAUCAGCUUGCAGGGAAUUUAGGUUGGAAGGCAGUUCACGUAGUUACUACUACAACAUAUUUCCCUGCAGCAAAGUUAGUUGAUCAUCUUAGUCGAGCCCUUAGAUCAAAACUGAUUUUUUUUUAAUGUCAGAAUACAGUUUUUCUGUAAUCUGAAAUGCACUCUUCCCCUUCAUUUAUAUUGUAUGCAUUAUGUCAUAAUUUAUUUUAGUAUUAAUAAUUUAGUAAGUUUUAUAUUGUUUUAUGAGUUGGAAAUGAUAAAACAAUAAACUGAACGGUUUCAAUCGUGUACAGAUUUAUUUAUUUAUUUAUCUAUUUAUGGUUUAAUUUUAUACUGAAUUUCAACUUUGUUGAAAUAUUUAACAUAUUUUUAUGUUGUAUGUUCAAUUUUGAAUUAAAAAACAAAACAAAACAAAAAAAGUAUAUGGUAUAUAGGGAUACUUUUGACCUGAAGUGCUCAUACCUGUUUUGUAGUAUGUUUGAUACUUUGUAAAGGUUUUGUACUAGGAUAUUGUCCUUUGUAUUUUUUAUGUAAAUCUGUUCAAAAUGUACCUGUUUGUAAUUUGUGGACAUUUAAUUUACACUUGUAGCAUAUUAGGCAGACAGUGUGUAUUUUUUGAAUAUUACAAAAUCCAGACUGCUUUUCUAAUAAUAAUAAUAAUAAUAAUAAUAAUAAUAAUAACAAUAACUUUAUUUUUCAAACCUGAUAAACACUCUGUUGUAUAGACUUGAGUUUCGAGUUUAUUGUAAUCUGCAUGCAAACUUACCUUUUGGUCAUUGUGGGAUGUUAACUUCAGCCCUUAACCACAUAUACAAAUGUGUUAUUUUUACAACCUGAUAUUGAACUGAACAAUGUGAAAUGUUGGGUCGUAUUCACAAAGCUUUAACUCAUAGGUUAUUACAAUAACUACAGUUUGGUGUUCAGGAAACUGAUGCAGAAUAAUGUUGGGUUCUAACAGUUUGGACCAGAUUCUUGAAUAUCUAAACUAAUUUUGACCUUGAAAAAAACGUGAAGCUUUGUGAAUAGGGCCCAUCAUGUCUGACAUCAGGUAUUUUGUUACGUUUUUGAUCAAUACCAGAAUACAUUUAAGGGCUUGUUGAUUUUUACACCAUGUUCUGUUACUGAAAUGCAAAUUAAAGAGUUUACAUUUUA